AGAAUGUCGUCACGUGUCACGUGAAGUCGCCUGUUGAAUACGUCAAAAUAUUUUGUUGACUUCCUGCAGUGUGGUGGAAUGAGCGGUAAACAACAAUUUACAAAUACUUUGUUUACUUCCUGCAGUGACUUUGUUCGAGUGGCGGGUUGAGAGACGAACUGCGAAUGGAAAAAGCGAGAAUGUUCUACAGCAUCUACUAAUCGGUAAUAGAGAGAAGAGGGAAAGUUACUGACUCGACUGCGGAGAAAUCUGAAAUCUGUUGCUUGGGUUGAAGACCAGCAUGCUAGCAAUCUCACAGAGACCGAGACUGUACCUCCUGGGACUGAUGCUUCAGGUCACGUGUGGUGUGGUGUAUGGCAUCAGCAUCUUCAGCCCCGGCUGGAUAGCCGACCGUCAGACAGCAUCCUGGACCGUCAAAAGAAGUUUAUGGGAGAAAGACUUCGUGCUGUGUCUGGACGACAAGGAUGUUCAGCAUUGUCGAAAAAUAUAUCCAUCGGAAAACAAGCUGAAAGCAGCUCAGGGUCUGCAGUGCGCAGGCUUCAUCGCCGUCGUCCUCGGAAUUAUCUACUCCUUGUUCAUCAACUUGUGUCGAGAGAGGAUCGAGGAGACAUACGUGGCAGAAGCACUUACCAUCAGUGGGUUUGCCUUGGGGUUGUUUGGCCUCAUGAUGUACGUCUCCGAGGUACGUUUUGGACUCAACAUCGCUUUCUACUGGGCCUUUGUACUCAACCCCGUGGCCCUGCUCCUGGCCUACAUCUCCGGGGUCAUGAUGGCGCUGAACAACGACCCGCCUCAAGCCAAGUGACAGCAGAAGCUCUCUGGAUCCGGAUCUGACGUCACUGAUUGGAUGCCCAGUGAAAAACAUAAUGGAUGGGAACGCAGAUGGCGGGCGCCUUAACGAACAGAGACUUAAUGAGGCGGUAAUAUUUGGUGCAAGACUGUGAGAGAUUCUGAGCAAAAAUAUAAGAGAGUGGAACAAGAGGUUGAGGGAGGUUGAGGUGAGCAAAGACUCUAGCUGCGCAAGUUUAAAAGUGAAUUAAAGAUAUUGUUUUAAGGUAAACUAAGUUUUCAGAUUAAGAUACAUGCCUUUGAAUUUCGUUGUAGUAGGUUAGUAAGAUUUGAGAAUUUUUCCGCAAGAUCUUAUUGCCUUAUUACACAAAAAAUAGUUACUUGCACACAAAAAUUGAUUACAUUGCCAUGUUAAAAUAGUAAACUGUUACAGUAACACCUUUAAACUUAAUUUACCUCUUUAGAUUUAGCAAGCUAGCACGGGACUAGUAAGUUACUGUAAUUUACUGUAGUAAGUUAAUAUGUUGAAGUGUAGUAAGUUAGAAGUGUAGGAUGUUGCAUGCUGUCAUAUUAAGAAGAACCAAAGAGGCUUGUGCCAUGAACAGUACAAUCAAUGGAAGACAAUUUUCAGGUCGGACUGCUAAGAGUGUCAUGAGUUACUUCUGCUCGAACUGUUUAUAGCCUUAAAUGCUCCUUUUUACACGAGGACAACAAUGGCUUCAGUGUGCAAUAUGAAAAUGAAAUAAAGACGUGCUAACAUUUAUAAUCUUGA